AUGGCCGAUGCUUUUCACUACAUGUCCGAAAAAAACCAGUUUCGACAGGACUUCUCAUUCGGUUGGCAGCGGGCUCGUGUGCUCGGAGCCUUCUUCAACGGGGCCUUCCUCCUCGCCCUAGGCAUCAGCAUCCUGCUCCAGUCCAUCGAGCGCUUCAUAUCCCUUAAGGAAAUCGAGGAGGUAAAGUUGAUGCUCAUAAUGGGCUGCGUGGGACUCGGACUGAACAUCAUAACUGCUGCAUUCCUACACGAGCAUCACCACCACCACUCCGACAUCAUCCCCGACCCCGAAUCCGAAACCAGCCCGGGAGCCCAGUCCCCCACAGACCUCCUCCACCAAGGCCACGCACAAGACGAGUGCCCCUCGAAGGGCCCCUUCCCAGCCGACGACCACGCCAACCACCGCCACACCCAACACACGCCCCACCCGCCCGGCCGCGACCUCGGGAUGCUAGGGGCACUACUCCACGUGGCCGGCGACGCGCUCAACAACGCGGGGGUGAUCAUGGCCGCGGCCGUGAUGUGGCUGGUGCCGGCGGCGGCGCGGGGCCGUUUCUACGCCGACCCGGCCGUGGGGCUGGCCAUCGCGCUGACCGUCCUGGCCACGGCCGUGCCGCUGCUCCGGCGCAGCGGCGAGAUCCUGCUGCAGAGCGCGCCGGUGGGGGUCAGACUCGGCGAUGUCAAGGCGGAUAUGGAGAGCGUGCCGGGGGUGGUGUCGGUGCAUGAGCUGCACAUCUGGCGCCUCGACCAACACAAAGCGAUCGCAUCAGCGCACGUCGUCGUCUCGGGCCCGGGCGUGGGCGCGGACCUGGCCGGCUUCGCGGUACAGGCGCGCAUUAUCCGGGAGUGCUUGCACGCCUACGGGAUCCAUUCCGUAACCUUGCAGCCAGAACUGCUGCCGCCGGCCUCGGUCUGCCCUUCGGCCGCCGAUUCGGUCAGUUCCGCGGCGGUAAUGGGCGCGGACGGCGGUGACGGCAGCGGGAAGGGCGAGGACACUCUUUCUCUCUCCUGA